CAGCUUGUCACAUGGUACAAGGCUGUUGUGAAUAGCCUUGUACCAUGUGACCUCUGUGAUCAUUCACAGAUUUCACACGUAGUAAGCAAUGAUGUCAGAAGUGACAUCAUUGCUUACUACUCUGCAUGUGAUCACUGAUUGGCCAAUCAGUGAUCACAUGAUCGGGGCCUCGCACAGAGGUCCCGUCCGACGAUCGAUGCUUACUACGUGUGAAAUCUGUGAAUGAGGUCACAUGGUACAAGGCUAUUCACAACAGCCUUGUACCAUGUGACAAGCUGUGACCAAUCCCAGCUCACACAGUAUUUCUCAAUGGCUGCAAGAAUGCAGCUAGAGAGAAGGAGAAAUUAUUGCUUUUACAACCUUUAUGGGUGUAAAAACAAUCAGUGUAAAAAA